UUGAAAGCACCACAAGAGGCGGAUGUUGAGUAGAUUCAUGAUAAACAGAGUAGCUAACGUUUGCUAUCUAAUUUGGCUGCCAUCAAUUGACUUCCCUACGGCCAAGCUUGUGGUAUAGCUAUCAUCAUUAUUACCUCAUUCCAAUUGUGUGGAAGAGACAACAACGCAUCAGAGACGCCCUGACAUGCACGGUGAUCUCACACAGGCCUGGUCAGCUGACCUGGGAAAGUGAAGCCUAGUAGGCCGAAGUAUGGAUGGCAGGUCUGGACAGCUGGUGGCAUAGCAGUCCUGCUCCCUAGGUUUGUUUGUUUUCAGACUCCGUUCCAGAGGCACGUGUAGUAGUCAGACCGCUGGACCUGACAGAAGAGCUCUCUGUAGGUGGAACCUCCCCACUGUCAUCAGCAGAGUGGCUGAGUGAGUCCAAGGCCCGUGGUGAGUGGAGCUCCUACCCCAGGCCCCCCAUCCAAAGGUCCAGCCAGCAUGUCCAGCGACCCCCCUCCUCCCUACCCCGGAGGUCCCAGUGCCCCUCUUAUCGAGGAGAAGAAUGGACAGCCAGUCGUUCCGGGCUCGGCAGACGCUGUAACGACGGGUCCUCCUCAGGGGCACCCCCUGCCUCCAGACUAUGGCCCUCCACCCUAUGAGGCCACGCUACAGCCAGGCUUCCUGCCACCACAUGUCCCAGGAGAUAUGCCCAUGCCACAUGGUGGCUUCUACCCUCCGCCGGGUCACUUUGCCCAUGCCAUGCCAGGGCAGUUUGGCACGGGGCAGUUUGGCCCUGGGCCCAUUCAAUUUGGGCCUGUGGCAGGUCAGACGGCUCACACGGUGCUGGCACCCCCGGGGACAGCUACCACAGUGACCGUGCUACAGGGGGAGAUGUUCCAGUCAGCACCCGUACAGACUGUGUGUCACCACUGCCAGCUGCCCAUCGUCACUCGCAUCAACCACAGCGUGGGCCUCAUGAACGCGGUCUUCUGUCUCUUCUGCUUCUUUGUUGGGUGUGAUCUGGGCUGCUGCUUGAUUCCCUGUCUGAUCGAUGAUCUCAAGGAUGUGAUACACACCUGCCCCUACUGCAAGGGCUACAUCUACACAUACAAGCGUAUCUGCUAACCACCAACAGACAGACCCGUGUGUGUGUAUGUAUGUGUAUAUAUAUAUAUAUAUAUAUAUUAUGCACACAUUAACUCACAGCCCCUCAUGGUGGUAGUUGCAGCCUAUGUUCUUUCUCCAACAUUUGCUCACUGUGUCGCGCUUCAUUUAGCCCUCCUAACUGUACCUUCACUUUCUAAUGUAUUUACUCUAUAUCAGAGUAGGCUGGUGGGAGGAGCGGUAAGAGGACAGGCUCAUUGUAAUGGCUGGAAUGGAAUCCAUGGAACAGAGUCCAACACGUUGUCCAUGUGUUCGAUUUGUUUGGUACUAUUCCAUUGAUUCCAGCCAUUACAAUGAGCCUGUCCUCCUAUAGCUCCUCCCACCAGCCUCCUCUGCUAUAUAUAUAUUUUCAGACUCGCUUACCUAGCUAUGUACAGGCAUUUAGAUAAGUGCUAGAUAGACACGUCACACAGGACUGAACCUAAUCUAAAAACAGAAACCUAGAACAGUUGAGAAGAUGAGUUGCAGAUAUGGAACAUCUUGCAUACUUUAGAAAAAUGUAUUUGGUUACGGGAAGGCUUGGAAUUUGACAUUUUUAGGAGAGAAAUGGAGGGGUAGAGAGGAAGCUCACACUUUGGGCAAGCUGUAAAAAUGUGUCACUUUACUUUAAUCAAAAUCCUCAGCAAUUGCAGGGUCAGUAUUUUUUGUUUUUAUAAUUAUUUAAUCUAUUUUAAUAUGUUAAUAUUGAAGACAAUUAAGGUUACGUCCAUGUCUGAGACCUACUUUAUGUUUAUGUUCUAAUCACCCUGUUUGUCCUACAACCUAAAUAAUGUAUAUCCCUUUUUAAAUGUUACAAGUAAAUAACCAUGUAUCAGAUUUGUCCUGACAAACUUGAGUCGGUAAGACUGAGUUUGUUAAUUUAUUUCGUUUGUUUUGCUCACCUGGGAGUGGUUAAGUGAGAGAAGUAUCUGUUUUUUUAAUCCUCUCUGUGCUUUAGAUAGUCACUCGAUGUCCAGGGAUUUUUGCUAGAGCUGUUACACAAUAAUGCCAUUCAUGUCCAUAUUAAUGUAUUCAAUUUUGAUAAUGAAGCAAAUGUUUGCUUGCAUAAUGGUAUUGCGAAUACGCACGUUACCAUGUGAAAUGUCAUACAUUCAUAAAACCAUAAUUGCCAUGA